AUGACCAGUCAGGCAAGCCCAUUUUCUGCCCUCCACCAGAAAGAUGGGGUAGCGGGCUCUACAGGACGUGGACGCGGCGGAGAGUUUGCGCGUUCAGCGCCCUCCCAAGCCAGGAACACGAAUCCUGCUGCUCCACGGGAUCCCAAGCUUCGGGGUCGAGGACGCGGAGCCCCCUCAGCAAUAAGAUCUACCCGUGGCAACGCGAGGGGCGCGAGUACUGCAGCAAAUACAUGGCGCGGUAAUAAAGCAGAGGCGCAAGCAACGGCUACUGGAUCUGCCGGCUCGCCGUUUGCUCAGAUCAGGCAGAACCAACCCUCCCCAUCUGCGGCAUUGGGACAAGGAGCGCAACAGAAGCCGUCAUUUGCAGGAUUUGGGAAGGCGUCACCACAACCAUUUGGAGCAUCGCCGGCAUUUGGUGGGACCGUGGUUGAUGCGAGUAGGGAUCCUCGGAAGCGACCACUUUCCAAACCGAUGAACGGGCCGAGUGGACUUGGAGUACCUGUGGAGGAAACCUUGGCCAUGAACAAUUACAAUGAGCGGUAUGAACAGCUUAAACUUGACCGUGCCAAACAAAGAGGACAGGCGAUCAAGGAUGGGCAGAUGGCGGAUCCUAACCAACCUACUUCCCUGAACAAGGCGAUUACGCCGGUGGGAACUUGCACGAGCAUGUGUCCCGAAUUCGAGCGAGUCGAACGUAUUGUUCAGAAGAUGGUCGAUAAGAGCGAAAAGUUUAUCCACCCUGCCACAAAUUCGCUACAAAUUAUGGAGGCUAAGAUGCUCAAGCGCUUCCGACGAUCCGCUGCUGGAUACGACGAGCAACUUCCCUCCGAUAUUCGAACACCCCGAACUCUUCUUCAGGCCAUGAACUACUUGAUUCGGCAUGUCAUAGGUGGAUCAGAGCCCCUGGGCCUGAUUCACAAGUUCGUAUGGGAUCGAACCCGGUCACUUCGCAACGACUUCUCUGUCCAACAACUUACCCAGGAAGAGGACGUGAAGAUAGCAGUAACGUGCCUUGAAAGGAUUGCUCGUUUUCAUAUAGUUUCUCUUCAUUUGCUUUCCAGUCCUGCCAACGAGGAGCCUUUCGACCGUCAUCAGGAACGUGAGCAAUUGAACAAUACGAUGCUAUCGUUGAUGUAUUACUAUGAUGACAAUCGCGGUCGUAUCUCGUUUCCAAACGAGGACGAAUUCCGGGCCUAUUAUAUUAUCUUUUCCAUUCACGACCAGCGACCUGACUUGGAGGCCCGUGUCCAGAAAUGGCCCCCUGAGUUGAGAAAUUCCCCACGCGUGAAAGCGGCAUUGGAACUUUUUGCGGCUGCGGGCAACACUUGGGAAUACCAAGGUACAUUGGAUGCCAAGAGGCCAAAUGCCAUUGCACAGGGCUUUUACGCGCGUUUUUUCCGCCUGGUGGACUCACCUGGCGUUUCAUAUCUUAUGGCCUGUGUGGCGGAGAUCUAUUUUAACCACAUGCGCCAGACAGCCAUUCGUUCGAUUUGGAAGGGCUACUGCCGUUAUCCAUCCUCCCAGCAACAUAAGAAUGAGGAGUGGACCGUUGACGAAUUGACCACAGUUUUGUACUUUGACGACGAUGACCAGACUGUCAAAUUUUGUGAAGAUCAAGAUCUAGAAUUUUUCGAAAACGCCAAUGGUGAUCUGUAUUUGAACUGGGGUAGCCGUCCUGUCGAUUCUAUUGCUUUUCAACCAUCUUCAGACCACUCUUUCUCCGAAACAUAUGUUGAGUCGAAGCGUGCUGGUAGAACCCUGCAAGCUAUCGUGCUUGGAUUGAAUAUCAGAGAGUCUGCGAAUCUGGGAAUGAUAGAAACUUCGUCUCUGUCUCCACGCGCUCUUGAUACCGCCAUGCCUGGUUUGCGGGUACCUGUGGACAAUGAUGAUUCGCUCUUCGUCAGUGAUGAUGAGAACGAAGUUUCAACUUCAAACUUCUCAUCGAAAGAAGCACCAGUCACAAACAUAAACGGCGCGCCACCUCCAGGGAUUAUGUUCGGGGGUUUCUCGCAAGCAGCUGGAGAAACCCGAUCCGAGUCUGGGAGUGCUUCACAAGCCCCUUUUGCUCAACAUCCGAAUGAAACUCAGCUGUCUGGAACCUCCGGUCCUUUUUCUUCGUUCUUUUCUACCAGCACCACAUCAAAUAGUUCUGUGGCAGCUGCAGCACCUGUGGGCCCAUCGCUUAACCCGUUCGCGAAACCUUUCAAUUCAUUUCCCUCCAAACCUUCUGAGACGUCCGAACAAUCUACCACUCCUUUCGCUACGAUGAAUGGGUCCCAGCCUACAAGUAUUUUCUCUGCGACAGAAACCUUUGCCCAGACAAGGCAAGCGGAUAAAGGGUCACCCAGACCUACUCCGUCCACCUUUACCUUCCCCCCUGCCUCUCAGCCGACAACUUCACAAGGCUCACCCACGUUCAACCUUACCUCAAGUAUCUCACAGCCCCCUACAACUUCUACAACCUCUCCUUUUGGUGUUUCUCAAUUCUCACUUGGCACCAAACCCGAUCAGCCUAUCGAUUCGACUGCUGGUCAGUCCUCUAGUAUUUUCAAUGUCGCCAAACCACCUCCUGCUACUCAAGCUUCUUCCUCGAUCUUUAGUUUCCCCAAUCAAAGUAUAACCCCUGUAGGAACUAUCGCUCAGAAAGAGACAACCACACCCGAGCCCCCCAGGGAACAACAGCCUGCUGCUGAACCACCGCGGUUGUUCUCAUCGUCUUUGAACUGCGAGAAAAAUGAAACACUGUCGAUAUCCUCGACAUUCGCGAAACCAUCUGAGCCUUCAAAAAAUAUAUUUCAAAAACCCAUCAGUCCUACUUUGGAGACCAGCCAGGAGCGGCCUUCAGUAAGCCAGACGACUACUACAGGGAACGAGAAGACCGAUCCGGGAACCACGAUAAAAGCAGCUCCUCUUUUGUUCAGCAACGCCAAUGUAGAACAGCCAGCGUCUUCUCUACCGCACCCCUCGGCUCCGUUUCCAGAACUGCCACCAACUAUUCAGCCCGAUAUUCCGGACGUCGAUAUUGUUACUGAGGAGACUGCCAACGAAGAACAAGGUGAAUUGUCCAUCAACUCUCAUCAUUGCUUAUUUAAGCGGCUAAUGUUUUUAACAGCGGACAAUACAGAGCGCCAAGCUUCUUGGAUCAAGGCAUUGAAAGAAGCGGCUGAGAGGCGACGAGAGGUACGGCCCAUAGCAAGCACAGCCGCUCGAAAACGGGUCCUUGAGGAGCAAGAACCACUCCCUGUGGAAAGUGGUUCUAAGGCACUCAAGGUCUCCGGAACAAAGGAAGCUCCUCCCCGCAAAUCUUUGGCCCUUUCUUCGAUGAAGCCUUUACCAAAGCUUCCAAUACUCGAGGUAAUCGAGUCGAUGACGGCGCGAAAGCCUAUUGAACAGAAGUCAGAAACACCAACACCAAAUCAAGUCGAUGAGGACGAGCUUCUUCUCUCAGCCGCGCGUAUAGCUGCUGAGUCUUUAAGGACUGGGCCUCGACUUUUGGACGGAUGGUCUACAUCGUACGAACCAUGGCGGUCUUCAUUUAGUCCAGGAAGCAGUGUGGCAUCGUCGGUUGCCUUUUCCAGAAGCCAGUCACCCCAACUAUCUAACGUGAAUGGGUAUGACGUUGCUCUUGCUCCCGACACCGAGCUUGGACUGGGCCGUACAAUGUCCCGAACAGAGCAGAGGAUCCGAAUAACCGGAGGCAAGGGGCUGGCAUACAAGCCGCUCAACUUCACCCCUGAAAAAUCCAAACAGUGGAGUACACUACCAAAGAAAUAG